GGCCCUCCCGGCCCCUCAGCGGCCUCAGUGGGGGGGGGGAUGCGGCGAGGCCCCGGCGGUUCGGGCACGGAGCCCCGGUGCCCCCCGGGCUCUCCCCGGCGGCCCAGCACCGCCUCAGGGCCGGGCGAGGGGGAACGGGGCGGCGGGGAGCGGGGUGGCGGCUGCCCCCUCACGGGUCCUGCCGAGCGCUUCCCGGUGGGCGCGGUGGAGGCCAUCCUGAGGGACGUGCUGCGGGGGUACCUGCGGGAGCAGCCCUACGAGCCCGGCACAUGCAGGGAGAUGGCGAAGACCAUCGCUGAGGUUAUCAAAGCUCGGGUAAAAGCCCUCCUGGUGCCGAGGUACAAGAUCGUUGUGGUGACGCACAUUGGGCAGCUGAAUGAGCAGAGCAUGCAGAUCGGAAGCAGGUGCCUGUGGGAUCCAGCAACUGAUACGUUUUCCUCAUAUGUGUUCAAAAACACUUCGCUGUUUGCUCUUGCAAAUGUCUACGCAAUCUAUUUUGAAUAAUGAGGUAGCUGAGUUUUAGCAGUGGGAAAAAUUAUCAUUCUCUCUAACUCUUCCUGUUUCUGUUUCUGAGAACAGUUGUGAAGGACCAAGGCAACUCUGAAAUGUUUUGUAAUGUGGUUACCGUAAGGUUUUUGGUGGUGGAUGUAAUAAUUGUAUUUCCCAAGGCUUUCUCUGGGAAGUGAUUCUCUGUAAAAUGCCGUUUUGCACCUGAUCCUAACCGCUUUCAGAACAGUGUAUCCCUGUAAUACUCUUUCUCCUUGAAUAUACUGACUACAUGAUCCCCAAGUAGAAAUCACAGGGGGAUUUUUUGAAAGUAAAACAAAAGCAUUUUGAAAUAGUCUGCAUUAAAUGGCAUUUUCAGGCGGUUAAGCACGUGCUUAAGACUAACUGUCCCACAGCGUUUGAAAUCAAAUGAUAAAUGCCUUUAAAUUAUAUCAUGUUUAGAGUACAUACAUCCAACAUGUCUGGCCCCUUUUAUUUAAGGUGCUUGAAUCUAGCAAAAAAAAUUGAUUUGGGUUUCUCAGCUGAUUCCUGCCUAUGGAUAGCAGGGGGCAAACACCUCUCUGAGCUCAGAAACAGAUUUCCAGGCUGUCUGGGUGCAAAUUAACUGCCUGCUAGGCAGGACCUUGGGCAGACUUUCUUGGAAACAGCUGCAAUAGGAGACAAAUCAUGGCACCUGCCCCUUUUAAGGGGAAUCAGUGCUGAAUUGAUCAAAGUCUCUUCUGCUAUAGCAAUUCCCAUGCUGUGGCAGGGCUCUGACUUGGAGGCCUCAUGGUGUGAUGCUCUGCACAGAGUUAUUUGCACAGCCUUGGUUUAAGUCUGUUGCUACUGAAGAUGGGCUUUUUGCUACCCGUAUUUCACAGUUGAUACCAGGUCCAAAAUCGGCUGUUGGAUUUUCAUAAGUAAGAGGAAGCACCUACGGUAAAUGGCUAAUGUUACUACAUUUUAUGUGCAAAGCUGAAACUAGACUAGUCGCUGGAUGGAAAGAAAUUGUCCUCAUGUCUAAAAAUGUAAUGAUUUUAACAUGUAAAAAUUAAAACACUGAACUUUGUAGGAUGUAGACAAACCAACCUGAGCUGCCCUUGCAGCUGUUAGCUGGUUUGCACUAGAACAUUCACCAUUCAGCCUUUACUCCUUAGUGUGCUCCAAAGAAUGAAGCUACAAUUAAAGAAUACAACUGAAA